UUACGUCACCGACCAGGCUGAAUUCGCUGAAAACUUGCUUUGACGAACGAAAGUUUUGUUGGUUUUGCUGCUCAGCUGCUGGCGGCUGGACGGCCAAAUGUCGACGGCCACUUUUAUGCAGGUGCUGCGGCCGCUGGAGGCGGCCAGCGGGUCAGGUCGCCUCGUGCGUCGCGCCUUCAGCAACCAGACUGUUCCUCGCUUUGGCCUGCUCUUCGACAUUGAUGGUGUCAUUGUCAGGGGCAAAAAGGUGUUGCCACCGGCCGCCGACGGCUUCAAGCGACUCGUGGACAGCAAGGGCAAAUUCAGGGUGCCCACCGUGUUUGUGACCAAUGCUGGAAACGCUCUUCGACACGACAAAGCUCAGCAACUCUCCGAGUGGCUGCAAGUGAAGGUGCACGAAGACCAAGUCGUCAUGGCUCACUCGCCGCUGCGCAUGUUCCACCAGUUUCACAACAAACACAUGCUCGUCUCAGGUCAGGGUCCCGUCAAGGAGAUCGCAAAGUACCUGGGCUUCCAGAAGGUGACCACCAUAGAGGAGUUGCGCGCAACCUUUCCUGCGCUGGACGCAGUCGACCACCAGAGGAGAAUUUCUGUCCCCUGCUCUUUUGAGGAAUACUUUCCUCGCAUUGAAGGCCUGGUGCUCUUCGGCGAACCUGUCAGGUGGGAAACUGCCCUGCAGUUGUUGGUGGACGUUCUGAUGACGGACGGUUUGCCCCGAAAAGCCCCCUCGAAGCACUUCUACCCUCACAUUCCAGUAUUGGCCUGCAACAUGGAUUUGCAGUGGAUGGCUGAAGCAUGCAUGCCCAGAUUUGGGCACGGUGCCUUUCUCUUGUGUUUGGAAAACCUCUACAAGAAGAUCACCGGCCACGACCUAAUUUACACCGCACUUAUUGGCAAGCCCAGUGAAUUGACGUAUCAUCACGCCCACCACAUGGUCAUGAAACAGGCCAAGUUGCUUGGCCUAGAGAAGCACCUCAAGGCCCUUUAUGCCAUCGGGGAUAAUAUCAACACAGACGUCUUUGGUGCCAAUUUGUACCAGCAAUACCUGCGCAAUCAGUGCAUCAUUGGGUCCCAAAGAGCAGUCCAGGUGGCCAGGAGCAUCGAGAAUUUGGUCGGAGGACACGACGAGACAUGCGAAAUGGUCGAAUUGGGCGCCAGCACCUGUUCUAGCAUUCUUGUGGAGACAGGGGUUUAUAGCCAAGAUUGCUCCACAAGUACCCUGGACCACUCUCCGAGGGAUUUCCUUCCUGUUGAAGAAAAACUUCGAGAGCCCAAUUACACUGUGGCCAACGUCGCAGAGGCCAUUGAUUUGAUUUUCAGAAACGAGGGUUUGUGAUUGCAGAUGAUCAUUCUUCUUCUUCUUUGCUCACCGCUAAAAUCCGCCACUGUGUGCAGCUCUUAUUUGGUGUUGACUCGAGGCGUCGUUAGAUAUUACCUCAUGUUGAACUUUUAAGUUUCUUAUACAAAGAAUUUACUGUUGUGUUUCUGUUUGUAAUUCUAUCUAAAUUUUAUUUGUCAUGUAUAUUUCCUGUCAAAGCGCAGAGUGUAAGUCAAAUGGCUGUUGUCUCAAAUUAAAAGUGGAUAAACAAAUAGAAAGUAUUUGAAAUGAAAUAAAAUAUUGACUAUGUAAUUAUUUUGAAACAAAAUGCUUUU